UUCCUUUGUUGACUUCAACUUUUCCAAACUUUGCCCCAUCGGGAUCCAGCGUUGAACUUGAAACAGCUACAAGUGUCAUGAAAAGUUUGCUCAGAAAAUAGUAAAACUUAGAAUUUUCGUCGCCAUUUUAUUUUUUGUCGUGCUGGAAAAGCGGCCAUUUUCUUUGUGCCGCGUCGCUUACGGCGAGACGUAUGUGGUCCCUAAAGUUAAAUUAGUUAAGUUGGGGCGUGAUCUCAUCAUAUGAAGUGAUUCGGUGAGAUAUUGUGACAUGGAGUAACAAUAGUGCAGUGGAACAUCUGUGCCAGAAUUGGGCGCGGCGUGAGGCAAAACGGUACGAUGGACGACGACCAGCAGUUCUGCUUACGGUGGAACAACCACCAAUCCACGUUGGUGUCUGUAUUCGACACUCUGCUCGAGAAAGGCAUUCACGUGGACUGCACCUUGGCUGCAGAAGGGCAGACGCUUAAGGCUCACAAAGUAGUUCUGUCAGCAUGCAGCCCGUACUUCGAGAGUGUAUUAUCUCAGCAAUAUGACAAACAUCCAAUAAUAAUCCUGAAGGAUGUGAAAUAUGCCGAAUUGAGGGCAAUGAUGGACUAUAUGUACCGUGGGGAGGUGAACAUCUCCCAGGACCAGUUAGCGGCCCUGCUGAAAGCAGCAGAGUCGCUACAGAUCAAGGGUCUGUCAGACAACAAGCCAUCCCGGCCUCCGUCGCGCCCGGCCGCCGCUGUCGCGGCCCCCGCACACCCGCCUCGCGCGCCUUCGCCACCGCCACAAGUCAGAGACGGCAGUAUAGACAGCCGCGAAGGCUCGGUCAGUCCGACGCGGCGCCGGAAGAAAGCCCGGCGCGGCAGCGCCGAGGUGGCGCCGGCCGCGGCCGCCCCGGAGCCGCAGGGCAACGGGGAGGAGCACGCCUGCAAGGAGGAGGCGGCGCGCGACGGCGUGGAGGACCUCACGCUCGACGAGGAGGCCGACGACCCGCCGCCCACGCACAACGACGUCGUACGCAAUUUCCAAUGGCAUAUGGAACGAUCUCAAGAUGAAAUCAUGAACUCAAGUGACAGUGUUCGAGACUCGCAAGAAUUGCACAAGGAGGCGUCGUUACCGGCGCUGCUUUCGCUGCUGUCCGUACAGCAGCAGCUCGUGCCGUCCUGCAUCCAGCUCACAAACAUCCAAAAACCCACCGGCGCCAAAGAUAUCAACUUCCCGCAGUUCCCCAAAUUGGCUAUAGACUCUAUUCCGGACAAUAUCAAAGCCCACCUUCUCCAACAAGCGUUCAUGCAAAACAAUAACAGCGUUGGGCAAAGCACCGACUAUAAACCCACCAAAGAGGAAGACUCUGAUGCAGAGUACGACGACACAGACGAUAUUGUUCUUCAGGAGGAGGCAGAAGGGUAUUACGAUAACGGCGCAUACAUAUCCGGCGCCGGGAACAUGACGGGGGACAUGUUCGACAACAAGUCGGACACCAAAGGGCAUUACGGCAAACGAGACGGCAAUAGCUCUGACGACGCCAGCCGCCAGUUCGAAUGCAGGCACUGCGGCAAGAAAUACCGCUGGAAGUCCACACUGCGGCGCCACGAGAACGUGGAGUGUGGCGGCAAGGCGCCUUCCCACCAAUGUCCCUACUGCUCGUACAAAGCAAAACAAAGGGGCAACCUCGGCGUCCAUAUCAGAAAGCACCACAACAACGAGUGGUACAUCUACGCCAGCAACAAAGUCAGGCGAAACAAAAAGACGUCGAUCUAGAUAACGUUUACGUUUAAAAAUGAAUUAGACCAAAGUAGAUACCUAACCAAAUCGGUACUGCAAUAAUUAUUUAUAUUUACAGUUACGUUUUUUGUUGAAACAUUUUAUUAUUUACUAAAAGGUAGAUAUAAUGUGCACAUUCCUUAACGGCAUUAGCGUUAAUUUGUUGUUUUUGUUUUAGAGUUUAUUGCUGUAGUUAAGACUGACCCUAAGUAUUUCAUUCGAAAGCAUAUGGCCGAAGGUCGAGUAAUUUAUAUAAUAGCUUAUGUUAGGAAGCCGUUCGACUAACGUUUAAUUAUUUAGUACACGUAAACCACCUCAUUCCAAAUUAUUUUUACGAACGGCUUAUGAUAAUUUAAUUACAUACCAAUAACGUUGUCCAUCAAAUCUCGAAUUUUCUAGUUUAACUACCAUUCCUGGAGAGGAAAUUCCAAAUUUAGAACUUAGUGCAAUGAUAUUAUAAGAAAAAUAUAGAUAUUUAUAAUGAAUUAUUAUUAUUAUUAAAACCAAACGUAUAGAGUUCUCUUUAUAAAAGUUUUAUUGUGUGUAGUUAGUAUUGAUAUUUUUAUCAUCUGUCACGGGUAGAGAAAGUAAUUUUUAUUCUCUUUUUUGAAGGUCAUAAGAAUCGUUAACUAUGUUAAAUGCGUUAUAAAUAUUAAUAUAAUUUAUUAUUUUUGUUUUCUUCCAUUUCUGUUCUUAGUGAGAGGGACCACGAUUGUAUCUUCCUAACAUUCUUUUUAGAAAACCCAAAGUUUAUUUUUAAAGUUGUUUAUUUAGUAGAAUAGUAAAUAUAUAGGCUGUUGAGGUCUUAUUGGAGGGUUGUUUACCUCUGACGAUUAGCAGUAAUUAAACUACUGCAAUAUUAAAUUAAAAUGUUUAGAUAAAUUUACGAAGCUCAUCCAUAAUGUGCCUACAAUGUUACCUGUAGAUGUAUGUAAUGUGUAAUUUAUUAUAUAAUAACAAUGUAAUGAACAUUCGAUGUAUUUUUCAAAAAAAAUAAGCUGAGAUAGAAAUGUGUUCAAAAUUUUAAAAGAAUGUUAUCUUUGAUAUUAAAUGAUAUUGAACUACAAAAACCCAAGUUCGUAUAGCAUAUUGACUGUUAAUAUUUUUGUUAAAACUAGGAUAACAAAGCUAUUUGACCAAAGUCAGUAUUAGUUGUAAACGUGAUGAUAAGAAAUGGAGGAUGUUACUUGUUGUUAAACACUCGAGUCAUUGCUAAGCAGUAAUUUUUGUUGAUGCAAUAUUCCCAUAUCAUGUUACGUUCUAAGGUACUGAUGUAUGAUUAGAAUUAAAUUUCAUGUUAUGAAGUUUACAUUGUUUGUUAAUAUUAUUGGAGAACUAGUUAUUGAAUAGUGUGAUUUUAUAUAUGAAUAUAUUGGGGUUCAUUUGGUAGAAAAUUUUGAAAUAUAGUUAUAGUAUAACCACAUUUUGAGUUUUCCUAGUCCUUUUUUUAAAACCUUUGCUUUUUAAAUAGGAUUCAUGUUCGUAGUCGUAUUGUUUGGUAAGUUUGUUUUCCUUUUUUUGUUUACGAUUCAUUGAAUUUUGUGUUAACAGAGCAUGUAUGCAUGUUUUUUGUUGAAUUUUUGAAACCGUCACAGCUUGCGUUUCGAAAUGCGCAUGAGGCAAUGAUUUUCCCUUUUCUUUUUCGUUCAUACUAAUAUAAUUAAUACAUUUCAGGUAGACAAGAAAACCCAUGGGUCGGGAGACUACAUAAAUUAACAAUGUUUUAUAAAAUUCAAAACCAGUGACUAAAUUUUCGAUCCAGUAACACCAUGUCAUAUCUUGAUAUUGACGCUAGUUUUACACUUGAACCAUUUGUUUAUUAUUGUGGCUAUUGUUUGAGUAUCAUGAAAACCCGGAUUAAUCCUCAAUACUCAAGGAUUUAAUCUAAAAAUAAACGUUAUGAUUUCUUUUUUGUUCUUUUUUUUACUUUCCUUUUUUGCAAAGCUUUCAUCACAGCACUCGGUGGAAAUUCACAGUAGAUAUAUCUUUAGUAUAUAUGUAUAUUCUAUAUAAGUUUAUGUAUUAUAUGAGUACACGAUCUAUCUUAUAUGUAUAUAACAUCUUCAACGUAUCGCUUGUAACUGUCGUUAACCACACGGGAAUGUUGAAUGUUGCGUUUGUGUGCGUG